CACACGAAGGUCUUGCAAAUAUCUAUAUGACAUACGCUAACAAAUUAUUAUAGGAAUCAACACAAAGACAUGGACUACGAAUUAUUUGCAUAUGCUAUUGUUGUAGCACUGAUGGCUAUUUACGUAUACAACAAUGAAAGAAGAAUGGGGGAAAUGUUCUGUAAACUUGAUCAAACAGCUCAGCUACAGCAGAUAUUGCAUUUCUUUGAAACCAAGUUUGCAGAAAUUGCAGAGAAAACUAACACGAAACUGCUGGAAGCCGAAAACAGACACAAAUUAACGACUGAUCAGCUACAAAAAAAUACUGAUGACAUAACAAAUCUAACUCAGCUACAGCAGCAGACAUUGGACUCACUUGAUAAAAAAAUGGCAGACAUUGGAAAGAAAAAUGAGAUAAAACUGCAAGAUACUGAAAACAGAAACAAUUUAACGACUUCCCGUUUACAAAAACAGCUUAAUGAAAUGACAGAACUAGCUCAGCUACAGCAGCAGACAUUGGACUCACUUGAUAAAAAAAUGGCAGACAUUGAAAAGAAAAAUGAAAUGAAACUGCAGGAUACUGAAAACAGAAACAGUUUAACGAUUUCCCACCUUCAAAAACAACUAAAUGACAUGAAAAAACUAGGCCCGUCCAUUGUCACGUUUCUAGCACUUCUUAUCUCUCCAACCUAUGGCUCUAUUGCGGUUCAAGCUACUGUCAAGUUUCAAAAAACAAUAGAAAAUAUUGGAAGUGGAUACAAUACCGAAACGGGGAUUUUUACUGCACCAACCAAGGGUCUCUACCAGUUCACAGCCUCAGCAAGACAAAGUCACAAUGGAUUUUUGCACUUAGGAUUAUUUCGAAACAAUGAACAAAUGUCAGUUUCGGUUGCAGCUAACUCCAUUUCUCUAACAAUUGGUGCAACAUUUACGCUUCAAUCGGGCGAUCGUGUUUGCGUUAAAAACGUAUGGGAUAAACCAUCUGGUAUUGUAGGGGUUGGACAAACCUAUUUCUCUGGUAGUCUUGUGCACAAAAUGUAA